AUGAGCGACCCAGACGGGGUCGAGAGGACCCCUCUCCUUGAAACCCACAGCCUCACCACACCCGACUGUGCUGCCGUAGCCCCGGACCCUCGCCCGUGCCUGGAAACAGAGGCGUCACAGGUGAUGGCGGAGACGGGUGAGGGGUGUUUCGAGGCCGUCGCGCUCCCACCAGCCCAGCUUCCAGAGGAGGAAGGCGCACCUCCAGCUGGUCCCCCAGAUCCAGGCUAUGCCGGUACGUUCCAGAUCCGAGACGGUGGGGAUGGCGGUUACGUUGCGCCCGAAGCGAGGCUAGAGCCGGCUCCGCCUCCUAGGGAGGGCUUGGAAACGGCGUCUGUGUUCCUGGCAACGGACGACAGCCUGGGAAAUGGCCGUCAGACUGUAGAGCCGCAGGGCUCGAGUCGGGAGAAGGCGCUAGAAACUUGUGGCGCAGAGAAGUUGGGGUCUGACUUGAUGUCGGAGGCGAAGGCUGAGGAAGCGAAGACUGAAGAGGGCCCCGUCUUCUCAGUCGCAGUGGAUGAGGAGGUGGUGGGGAAGGAAAGAGCGAAGGAGGAGGAGGGAGUGGAGCAUGGAAUGGAGGUGGAGGAGAGGCCAGUCGGUGAAGAAAUAGAAAUGGUGGAGAACAGAGUGGUGGAGGAGGCGGGGCAGCGGCCCCUGCGUAUGGAUCUCCGCAUGAACCCUCUGGAGGCCAUCCAGCUAGAACUGGACACUGUGAACGCUCAGGCUGACCGGGCCUUUCAACAACUAGAGCAUAAAUUCGGGCGGAUGCGUCGACACUACCUGGAGCGGAGGAACUACAUCAUUCAGAAUAUCCCGGGCUUCUGGGUCACUGCCUUUCGGAACCACCCCCAGUUGUCUCCUAUGAUUAGAGGCCAGGAUGCAGAGAUGUUAAGAUACAUAACCAAUUUGGAGGUGAAGGAGCUCAGACACCCGCGAACAGGAUGCAAGUUCAAGUUCUUCUUUCGGAGAAACCCGUAUUUUCGAAACAAGCUGAUUGUCAAAGAAUAUGAGGUCAGAGCCUCUGGCCGAGUAGUGUCUCUUUCCACUCCAAUCAUAUGGCGUCGGGGCCAUGAACCCCAGUCCUUCAUUCGCCGGAACCAAGAGGUCGUGUGCAAUUUCUUCACCUGGUUUUCAGACCACAGCCUUCCAGAGUCUGACAAGAUUGCUGAAAUUAUCAAAGAGGACCUGUGGCCAAAUCCACUGCAAUACUACCUGCUGCGUGAAGGAGUCCGUAGAGCCAGACGUCGCCCAUUAAGGGAGCCCGUGGAGAUCCCCAGGCCCUUUGGGUUCCAGUCUGGUUAA